CACUAGCGUCGUACACCACCAAUACACUGUACUCGUACCCGCCACCGCUGGCGUACCGCGUACGAUCGUACGAACUAUCAAACCGAAACAUUGAAAAACCCCGGACUGUGCGUACUCCGUCGAACCGCAGCUUCAGUAACAGCGAGCGAGCGUGCACGUGUCCUUUACCUAUCCCAUAAACGAGGAAUACCGUCGAAAAACCCAUCGGGUCUUGACGAUCGAACAAUUUUUAUGAUUAUUUUUUUUUUCUCAAACUUCGAAUUACAGUGAGUGCGGUGAACGCGGGAACGUCGCUUAAAAUCGACCAGAGGAUUUCGUUUUGAUCACCGCCGUCACGUUCCGUGUCGAGCGCGCGAAAAAUCGUCGGGGCUGCGUCGUGUAACGGUUUUCGGGCGCGCGCACAGCUAGAGCCGAAGUACACCUUUGGGUCAAGGUUUACGUCUUUUUUCGUCGGGCGAUAGAGCGUCGGACGCCGCCGCCUUCGCCGUGUGUCCGCGGCGGAUGUCGACGACGACGACGAAGGAGACCGCGACGACUGUGAACGGACCUUCCGGUUCGUCGCCACCGCCGAGCGUGUGCGUUUCGAACGACCAACGAGUGUGCCGGCGCCUCUUUUCGCGCGUGCGUGCGUGCAAGCGACAAUAGUAAUAAUAGUAAUAACAUUUAAUAUUAUGUGCAAUAAAGCCGCUGCGACUUCAACUACGCGGACGGCCGGUGGUGUUGUUGCGGACCAGACCGAUUAUCGUUGUUAUUGCGCAGUUGCGGUGCCCGUCGUCGAAUACUAGGAUAAAAAUGAAGGAAAAGGAGAAUGCUAGUGUAAGUUUCUCCCAAUGGCAGACAUGGGUUUUGGAUGCUGUAAAUAAAAUUCGUGGCCAAAAGCAACGACCAUCCUUGGAACGUAUUGUAAAUGCAAUACGUCAACAUCACCGUUUUCCUGUAGGAGAUAUUGAAACACAAAUAGAACGAUGUGUGGAAAGUGGCGCAGUGUUAAAAGUUUUCAACAAAGGCCAAAAUACUUACAUGAACCCGGAUGGCACUUCAAAUCGUAAAUUGAUCAUUAAUGCAGAUACUGAUUUAACUAAAAUUGUAGUGAAAGUAGUCAGCCAAUUAGAUGAAGAGGGUUCAUCAUAUAAAAACAUUGAUCGUUACAUACAGCAUGCCUAUUCUAUAGAACUUAAAAAUGAAGGAUGUGACUUGACUUCAUUACUCAAGUCAACAUUAACCAAAGCAGUUGAUAAGGGUUUAUUGGUGUUGGAUGGAAAAUUGUAUAGGUUACCUGUUAGUCCAGAUUCCACAACAUCAUUGAUUGGAACUCCUGUUUUAAAAUAUAGUUCUGGAAGAAAAGCACGAUUACUUAAAGUAGAUACAAAUGAAAUCGAAACAACUCCUCUUUCAGUUCGUAGAGCUGGGAGAAAAAGAAAAAAAGUAUCUGUUUGUGAUACUAGUUCACUUACAGAUAAUGAAGCCAGUGACAAAGAGUUUAAUAAAGCUUCCAAGAAUAUCUGUGCUGAUUGUUUAGGUACAUCAGCCAAAAACCAUUGCGGUGAAGCAGAAUCAUUAAAACAAUGCCGAGGUGGUUGUGGUGUUUCAUUGCACCCUUCUUGCUUAGCUAAUAAAUGUAGUACCCCUUUGACUGCUUUGUUAGCUCGUCGUUCUCGAUGGUUUUGUCCUGACUGUAGAACAUGCUCAGCAAUACCAUCAUGUACAACGAAAAAUAUGUUUUUAUUAAAUUGUAAUACAUGCGAUCGAGGUUUUCAUAUGAAAUGUCUACAACCUUCACCUGUGGAUAAAUCAAAAUCGACAUGGCAAUGUACAUUUUGCUUAGGUCCUCAUGAUACUACAGUUUAUAUGGUGGGAGAAAUAAAUGAAGAGCGCAGGGGUAGGAAAAAGUCUAUCAAACAUAAAAGGCCCAGUCGUCGAAGUCAAAGUAUAAAAGGACAAGAUCUUAAACUCGGAACACCAUCCACUUCCAGUUCAAUGAAUCAACGUGAUGUCACGGAAGACGGUAAUGUCUCCUCUCCUGACUCCUCGGCUCCCCCCUCUCCCGUUCCGAUUAGUGGCAGUGUGCGGCGGGACACUGCUAUCUCCAAAGAGAAAGCAAAAUUCUUUAGGCAAAGUGCUGCGUUUAAUGCGCGAGGUGUGAACGGGAGAGGAUCUGGUGUGCCGAAAGUCAAUACCCCCUUAAACAAGCGCCUUAGCUCUAGUAGCAGCGAUAGCUCUAGCAGCUCGAGUUCAAGCUCGAGCAAUCGCAGUCGCAGCAGCAGUUCAAGUAGCACGAGCAGUAGCUCUAGUGAUAGUAGUAACAGCUCUAGCAGCAGUAGUAGCAGCAGUGCGCAUGCUUGUUCUCUUUCUGUGCGUCCAAGUCGGCCCAUAUUUCCUCUCCCAAAAUGUCUCGCCGCAAGGAAUGCCGAUUUUAACAAAAGUCCUUCAAAUAUGUCCUCUAAAAGUUGUAAUUCAACAUCUGAAUCAGUUCAAUCCUCUAAAAAAAAUGAUCGUUUAAAAAAUAGUGAUAAGCUAAAUGAUCCUAAUGAAAUAAAAAAAAUAGAUAAAUUAAAUGAUCGAUCUAAAGUAACCCCUCCUAAAGUAUUACUAAGAGCACCAAAACUAAUUGCUAAAGUUAAUUGUUCACAGCCUAAAAUUUUUCCACUUUCAAAUUCUAAAUCAGAUAAUUCAGAUUCACCCAUUUCUCUAUUCAAACAACUAUUGACAGAUAAUUCAGAUAAACCAUGGGGGUUCGCUGCUUUGGCUGCCAAAGCUUCUAUUGUUGAACCUAUAAAGCCUGAAGUCUGUAAUAAUAAAAAAGAUAAACCUAUUGCUGGGUUUAUUCAAUUGAAGGGUUUAUUUGAUGGGUUGAGUCAUUUUUAUUCAACACCAUUACAAUCUCGUACUCGACCUAGAAAUGAAAAAGAUAUAAAAUCAUCUAGCAAGAUUGAUCCUAAAGUCAGCUGUGCUGAUAAAAAGUUAAAAAUACCAGACAAACAACAAUCUCCUAGUUUUUUGGUUAAGUCAGCUGUAUCUUCUAAACUUAUGGAAACUAGAGAAGUAGGAGAAAUUGGGGGUGAUAAAAUACAAAAUAAUGAUAAAUCCUUAGAAAAUUCUCCUUCCGCCUUCCGUGACCAUCUGUCCGUGCCGACGAUACGUCCAGUCACGCGUUCCGUCCUGGAAAAUAUGAGCCGUCUUGUUGCAUCUGACUUACCAUCUGGCGUUUUACAUGAAGAUGUCGAAAUUUAUAAGGAGACAAGGAAAAGGGCAAUGAAUAGUACAAUACAAGCUCCAGAGUUCAUUACAUCUAAUCAUCCAGUAAGAUGUCCUGCCGCAAUUCAAUUUGGUAAAUAUGAAGUAGAGACAUGGUUUUCAUCUCCUUUUCCUCAAGAAUACGCUAGACUUCCAAAAUUGUUUCUUUGUGAGUUUUGUUUGAAAUAUACUAAGAGCAAAUCUGUCUUGGAAAGACAUAUGCAUAACUGUAACUGGAGACAUCCGCCAGCUACUGAAAUCUAUCGCCGUGGAAAUCUGAGUGUUUUUGAAGUUGAUGGAAAUGCUAACAAAAUUUAUUGCCAAACAUUAUGUCUAUUAGCUAAACUAUUUUUGGAUCAUAAGACUCUAUAUUAUGAUGUUGAACCUUUUCUAUUUUACGUUCUGACUAAAAAUGAUGGUUUUGGUUGUCAUUUAGUUGGUUACUUUUCAAAAGAAAAACAUUGUCAACAAAAAUAUAAUGUAUCUUGUAUUUUGACAAUGCCCCAGUAUCAAAGACAAGGGUUUGGACGAUUUCUCAUUGAAUUCAGUUAUCUCUUAUCCAAAAUUGAAGGGCAACCAGGAACUCCGGAAAAACCUCUCUCUGACUUAGGUCAAGUAUCAUAUCAUGCAUAUUGGAAAGCUGUUAUACUGGAAUAUUUAGAUAAACACAGAGACAGUGAUUCUAUCUGCAUAAAUGAUAUUAGCAGAAAAACUGGUUUAAUGAGACAUGAUAUUACAUAUACAUUACAAUCCCUCAACAUGGUUGUAGAAGUUGGUGAUAAACUGACAAUUUGUAUUGACUGGAACAUUGUAGAUGCUCAUUUAAAGAGGAAAAAUUUAUCCAAGCAAAUUCCUAUUGAACCAGAAUGUUUAAGAUGGACUCCUCUAAUGCCUGCAUCGAAUUUGUUAGUUUCGCCUGAUGACAAGGAUAACCAAGAUCUCGAAGAACCUCCUCCAAUUAAAAUAGAAGUAAUCAAAAGUCCAAUUAAAAAGAAGCGUGUUGCAAGAAGAAUGCCAAUGAUAAAGAGACGUAGGAAGAUAGAUAAGAAGAAACGUAGGUGUUUAUAUGGUAUAGAGAAGAAACCCAAUUCUAUUCAACCUGUUGAAAACAUAAGUCAAAUAGAAGAAGAACCAUCUUCGAAAAAAAAUAAAAACGGGCGAAUAGUUAAUAUAAAAAUAGAAGAAAACACUUUGGAAGACCAUUCAGCUGAUGAAAAUUUUGAGUCAAAAUCGAAAUCUUCUGAAAAAUCUAUUGAGGAAAAAAAUAUUGAUACAUUGAAGGAGGAGAGCAUUAAAGAUGUCAAAGUAGAAGUAUCAAAUCCUAAAUCUCAAACAAAAACUAAACAAAGCUUAAUUUCAAAUUUCCUUAAACGUGAAAAUCCAGAAAAAAAAGUUACUGCUGUUCCUCAAAAGAAAAAAAGAAAAUUGCCUCGAGGUAGAUCACGUAAAAGACAAAGAUCCAAAAUCAUAAUUGACAAGACUGAACCUAAAGUCAAAAAGGCGCGAAAGAAUGAAUCAGAGUCUCUUGAAAUUGAAACUAUUGACGAAAAUAUAGAAUUACAGCCAGUGAAAAACGAGAACGCUGAUAAACUAGAUGACGUCAAUGGGUUAGACAGUAAAGAUAUAGAGAAAAUUGAGGAAGAAAAUGAAGUAUCCAAAAUAUCUAUCGAUGAAGAAGAAAAAGAAAUAUCCAAUACAUCUGAUAACGAAGGUGAUAAAGAAAUACCUCAAAUGUCUGAUGAUGAAGGUGAUAAAGAAAUAUCCAAAACAUCUGAUAAUGAAAGUGAUAAAGAAAUAUCCAAAAUAUCAGAUGAUACAGGCAAAAAUGAAGACCUAAACAAAAAUAACGAUAGAAGUCCAGAAAACAUAAUUGAAGAAAAGGAGGAAAAAAAUAUAAAUUUGGAAGAAGAAAAAGUGAUAGAGGAUAAGAUGGUCCAAUCUGAUACUGGUACAUUAAAUAAAAAUGCUAUAGCUGAAUGUUCAGAAAAUAAUAUAGAUUUCAAGGCUGACAAGAUUUCUGUUGAAAAUAUAAUUUGUUCUAGUACUAAUAGUGACAAUAUUGUGAAUUCCAAGGGUGGAGAAUUUGAAGAAAUUAAAAAUCAAUUAGAUAGUAAAGUUGACGCUUUAGAAGUAAUAACUAAUGAUGAUGUCCUUAAACGUCCAAACGAUAAAGAGUCUUAUAAUGUAGUUACUAAUGUAGUUGAUAUGUGUAAUGAUGUUCCUAAAAGAAAAUUAUCAGAAUCUGAAAAAGAAUCUUCUAACAAUUCUGUAGAAUUCACAUGCAACUUGGAGAAGUCUGAAAAAUCUAUUGUAGAUGAUGUAAUUUUACAUAAACCUAAAGUACAGCCUUGUAAUAAUAUUGUACCUCUAGAUACAAAGCAAAAUGAAAAUGUGCCAAAUAAUUAUGACAAGACAAAUCUUAUCCAAACUGAAACAAAGCAAUAUAAUGAUCAAGUAGUUUUAUCAAGUAAAUUUAAAGGAGAUACUGUUGAGACUGAUGUACGAAUAUUUAAUAAUCCAGUAUCAUGCAAUAAUUUUUCCAAAACAGAUGUUACUAUACAGCCUUCAAUAUCUUCUGUCACUGAUAAACAGUAUAGUAAUAAUUGUACAAUGGUUACAAAUGAUUAUUGUAAACCAUCGUCAGAUACGUCACUGUUAUCAAAUGUCAAACAAUAUAGUGGUGAGUCAUUGCCAAAUGAAUACAAUAAAACAAGCACUGUAGUACUUCCAAACCCCAAACAAUAUGGUGAGACUUUAAUGAAUGAAUAUAGAAAAUUGGACAUGCUUCAGCCAGAAAUGAACAAGCAAAUGUACAAUAAAGAAGAUUCUGUUGAAUUUAUGAAAAAUUCUCAAGUUCUCUCAGCACCUAUCAAUAGUUCACAAGAAGUAUUCAAGGUUGUAGAGCAAUCGAAAUCUAAGGUUUCUGAAAAAAAUUAUUCUCAUUCAAUUGUGGCUGAUCACUCGAUAACUGUGCCUAAAUAUGACAAUGUUAAACAAGAGAAACAGUCUAAAAGAACAACUCCUUCGCCAAAAACUGUGCCAUAUCGUUUGCCCGCUGAAGUGCCACAAGUUGAUAAAUCACGAUUACACGAUUACUUGCCUCCCAUGGGGUUUCUCAACUAUCAAAAGAUAAAUAAUUCUAUUGCUAUGUCCCAUCCAGACAUCCCUAAAACAACAAAAGAUAUGUAUGCAGACAAAAAAACUGAUGCUGUCAAUAUAAAUUUGCCAAAAGACAAAGAAGUAAUGAACUUGCCCAAGACUAUGGACAACAGUCUUUUGUAUUCAUCUGUUAUGCAACAAUCGCCAUACACUGACCAGUCCAUGAUGCAUUUAUCGCUCCAUCAUCAUUUGGCUCAUUCAUCCCAAUAUCAUCACAGUCCACCUGUACCAGCUCAGGUACCACCUCCAGUUCAUCAGACUAAAUCACGUAGUAAAAAAAGCGAACAAAGAAGAUUAGCUCAACAGAAUCAAACACCUGUUGCACCAUCUACUCAACAACCCACCCCACCACCAAUACCUAGCCACACACAAUCAUAUCACCAUCACCAUCAAACAGCUACAUACAUGAUGCCACAACCAACGCCCUCUAGUCCCUAUCAUCAUUCUGUGAUACAACACCGAAUGGGUCAACAAGGAGGUUCAUGUUCGUCUGCUGACUUUUACUUGUCACAUUCUAACCAACAUGCAGCUGCUGCAGCUGCACAGAUUGCAUCAUGCAACCUUUCCAAACUUCAACAAAUGACAAAUGGAUUGGACCACCAUCGGAGGCAUAUCUCUUCGCCUGCAUCAUCACCGGCCUCUUCUCCUGCCAACAUGACUCCACCACCACCUGCUGCAUCUGCAGCUGCUGCACACUUAUUGCAACAGUCUGCUGUUGCCUAUCAUAAAUUGUACCAACAAGCAGGUCAGACCAAUCAGUCGAGGCAGUAUAGCCAUCAAACACGCGGUUCUCCGGCGUCACCUAACGUUGGUCUUAUGACAAUGCAGUAUGGUGCGCCUCCGCCUCCUUUUAACGGUUACAGGGUAGCGUCGCAAUCCACUCCUCCACCAUCUGCUGCAAGUUAUAUGAACCAGACAACUGGACAACUACAGUACACGACGCACACACAAGAUCCACACCAUCAGAAUAGUGUGUAUCCAACUUCAGCAUACAACGGCUCGUAUUUACAACCUCUAAACGGGUCUAUGCACCGAUAAUCUCUUGUUAUUAUUAUUAUUUAUAUUAUUAAUUUUUUUUUUAUUUUAAUUACUAUGAUUAAAAGUUUGUUAUUUACCAUCAUAACAUAAUUAAUAUACUUUUUUAUAAAUAUACGAAAAAGAAGAAAAAAAAUGUUACCAGUUUGUUAUAUUAAGAUGAAAACUUACAAAAUCUAUGAAAAAUCCAUUUUAUACCAAAAGAAAAGUGCAUUUGUAACAGUCCGAUUCUUAUAUUUAAGUUAUGUUAGUUCACAAGCAGUAUUUUUUUUAGUUGUGUAUUCUAUGCAUUAUUUUUAUUUUUUUAUUUAUCACGACAAUUUGUAUUUAUAUAAUUAUUAUUUUUUUUUCUGUUGAUUGUUGAGAUCAAUUUUUAAUCGUUAUCAUUCAAAAAGUAUGUUAAUGGAACGGGUACGUCAUGUUUUUAUUGUACAAAGUUCAAAGAAUUUCCUUAGUCUGUAAGUACAUUUUAAAACACUUGAAAGUCUAGUUUCAGCUUGUUAUUUAUUUUUUUCUACUGUAAUUGUAUAAAAAUAUACAUAACUAAUUUAUUAAAAAUAA